GCAGCGACGGGAAACCACGGGAGCACCUCCCCCGCCGCCUCGGCCCUACCCCUGAGGCAGCAGCCCGCAGCCUCGGCUCCCCCCGGGGCUCCAGGGGGUUGAGCGGCCCCCGCCCUCCCUGAGGGGCCAUGGCGGCGGCGGGUAGAGGCGGGCAGAGGCGCUGGGCCCGUCCCCGCAGCCCUCAGCCCCCCCGGCAGCCCGCGGGGCCAGCCCGGGCCCUCCAGGUGUCUGUCAUUCUGACUGUUCACAACAGUGAAUGCUGGUUAGAUGAAUGCUUGAAGUCAGUUUGGGAACAAGAUUUUAAAGGAACCAUGGAACUGUCAGUUUUUAAUGAUGCCAGUAAGGACAGUUCAGCUGAAAUAAUAGAAAAAUGGAAGAUGAAGCUGGAAGGUGCUGGUGUUCCAGUGGUUCUUGGCAGUAAUGAAUCCUCUCAGCCUCGAGGUGUUGGAUUUGCUAAAAAUCAAGCAGUAAUUCAGAGCUCAGGAGCCUAUCUCUGCUUUCUGGAUUCAGAUGAUGUGAUGAUGCCACAGCGGGUGAGGCUGCAGCACGAAGCUGCCAUUCAACACCCAAACACUAUUAUUGGUUGCCAAGUCAGGAGAGAGCCCCUGGACUCAACUGAACGCUACACACGUUGGGUCAAUAAUCUGACUGAGGAACAACUUCUUACCCAGGUGUUUACCUCCCAUGGGCCUACAGUGAUCAUGCCAACCUGGUUCUGCUCUCGGGAAUGGUUUUUUCACGUGGGAAAAUUUGAUGAGGGUGGAAAGGGUGUUCCAGAAGAUUUGUUGUUUUUUUAUAGACAUAUCCAAAAGGGUGGCCAAGUCUUCCGAGUAAACCAGUGCCUCCUGCUGUACCGUUACCAUCCCCAGGCUGCAACUCAUUCAAUCCUAGAGGAAACCAUCUGGAAUCACCGAGUCAGGUUUCUUGAAGACAGAGUCCUGAGCUCCUGGACAUCAUUCAUUAUUUGGAAUGCUGGCAAGCAAGGCAGAAAGCUCUACAGAAGUUUGUCACCAGCUAAUAGGAGAAAGGUAACUGCAUUUUGUGAUGUUGAUGAAAAGAAAAUAACAAAAGGAUUCUACACUUACGAAGAAUCUGAGGAGAGACCAAAACCCAAAAUUCCCAUAUGUCACUUCAGAGAUGCAACUCCACCUUUCAUCAUCUGUGUGAAGCUGGAUUUGACAGGUGGAGCAUUUGAAACAAACCUGAACACACUGAACUUGAAGGAAGGGAUGGAUUAUUAUCACUUCAACUAAAAGCCAAGGAAUCUCUGCUCAGAGCUUUCAGACACAACCUCUGCCUCUUCUCCUGCCCCCCAGGGAGUGCAGCUCCUGCUGAGGCUCCACUUGGCCAGGAUGUCACAGCACAAACUCUUAAGUGGCAUCAGAUCCAAGAGCUUCAGUUCCCAAACCAGCAGCCAGUGCUGGCAGCUUCACUGUGCUGAGCUCUGCACCAGAGAGAAAGGAAAGAAGUCAGCUGGAGUAUCCUGCACACAUCACUACUCAACUGGUAUCCCAGUCAUGCCAUUAAGUCAAUUAAAUGGAGAAGAAAAUACAGACAUGCAAAGCUACAAUAUUUACAGUCCUUCUUAAUGCUUUAAUGUUUAACUACUCUCACAAAUUUUAUUUGCCCAAGUUUAAAAGGAAUGACAAGUGUUGAUUUCAACAUUGACAAUGUUGAAUGACAAGUUGAACUAUGAAAUUAACUUCAUUCACCUUUCCAUCAUGUUAUGCUUUGGAUUCCUCAAGUGUUUCUCCUCUGCUCUCAGGAUAUAUGAGCUCUUGAAGGAGAGCAGCACGUUAUGUGAGCACAAACUGGCUGCUAGGAGGAACAUCUGGACUGCUCUGAGAAGUCCUCUGAGUCCAGUGAGUAUCACUCUGAGUGAACUCCAGCAGUUUUCUGGGCAGGUUUUUCUGCCGGAAGUUACACUGAUAUAUUUGCUUAUGUUUAAAACAGGAGGAAAAAGUGACCUUCCAAAUUCAGUCAUAUAAUUUCCAGAGUGAACUCUUUAUCCUAUGAUAUUAUUUAUAACAAUUGUAUCUGAUUUACCUGUAUGCAUUACAUGUAUUUGGCUACUUAUUUGGUUUAUAUCACACACUUUUCUCCUAAGUUGUGCGGCUCCUCUCAGCCUCUAAUAAUUAAGGAGCUGGAAGUGUUGUUUUUGAGAUCAGUGGAUUAAUCUUUUAACAUCUGAGAUUUGAAUAAACACCUGAAUUUUAAUAUAAUUUGAAUCUAGUUGACGAGAAAGCCUUGAGACAGCAAUGCUCAAUUAAGUUUUUGCUCUAAAAACAAUGCCUUGUGUGGAGGAGGUUCAGAUUCUUGUUUAUCAAACCAGCAAAUGUUAGUCACAGGUUUCUUAAAAUUGUACUGAAAGCAGAAGACUGAAGAAAUCUCAGUAAGAACAGGAAGAUGAGCAGAGAAAAUUGCUCUGGGUGUCCUUGAAGAUUAUUCUAUUCAUAUUAGCCUUUGGACUAGUUUUUUAAAUAUAUUUUUUUAAAACCUUCUUUAGACCCGUACUAAUUCAGCCUCCUUAUCUUUGGACGGAGAGGAAAUGAGCCUGUAAGAAACUCCUUACAAAGCAGAAAGUUCUGUAUUUCUGAAUACUGAAUAGAUGGGCAAUUCCACACUGUUUGCAUUAAAUUAAAUGGGACCCACAUAUGGAUAUUUUGUCUGUCCUCUUGUGAAUGCAGUAACUUUUACAUUAUAUUCUUCCUUCUAGACAGCAUUAGCCUGCUGCAGCUUGCAAAACCCAUGUUAUAAUUUCAUGGUUGGAACUGACUGGAAGUUUUUAUCCUUUUUCUUCACCCAGAGAAGGCAGACAGUUUUUAGACAUCUGUACUGUAUUAUUUCAUUCCUGUGUUUUGUCUGAGUAAGAUGUCACACACCAAGUCUGGAAUGUUUUCAACAAAGGAGAAUGAAGGGCCUAAGACCAGAGUCUCCAGCAGGUCCCUGUCUUCUGUAGUGAGCUGGAGGACAUUCCUGCUGCUGCACCUGAGGACUCAGGAGGUUUGGGGGGACAAUUGCUCACUGAUGACUUUGUGCACAUUCCACGUUUACCUUGGAGAGGAGCUGGGGCUUGGGCACUCUCAGGAGCUCACACAGGGAGUUCCGCUGCUCCCUCACUACUGCCAGCUCAGCUUCCCUGCAGAAAGAAGGAAUUUUCCAGUUCAGUCAAAAAUUAAAACCAAAGUUGGCUACAUCCCUAACAGCUUUUUAAGCCAGCCAUGUUCUUACUGUAUUUCUAGGUAUGCAGCUUUACUUCUGUGUGCAAUUCAAUUACAGAAGUCUCAGCUGUGACACAUUUUAAGAAUAACAUUUUUGUAUUAACAGUGUAACGUCUGAAGUCAGAUAAACCAUAAAUCCAGAACAGCUCUUCCAGAAGUGACAGUUACUAAUAAAGUGUCUGAGUACUCUUCUAGGUUUUUGUAUUCAAAAAAAUAAAAAAGCACUUAUGAAUAACC